AAUCCUACAAAUUUCGCACCGUUCCUUAUGCUUGAGGGGGUUCCUCCCAAACAAACAACUUCUCAGCACUCCCUUCUAAAACGCACAGUACCGGCAAGUUUCUUAAGUCUGCAUCAGGUUGAGUCAUCAUGUCGACCACCUCCCGGAUUCCGGUCGAAAUCAUGUUAUCGAAAUUCAACAAACGUGAUGAUUGGGGAAACAGGGGGGUGGAUGAUGGCGAUGGCAGAAGCCCAGUAGCUAUCGUGGGGCUCGUUGUAGCUGUCCUUACUUUACUUGUGGGGAUUGUGUCUCUUCGAAGCUCUCGAUUCCGUCGUUGGGUGUCCCAUUUAUUACCCUCUCGCUUCAUCAAAGUAUGCCCAUCCCUCGCUCUCCUACUUAGGCAUAAUUCACUCUUAAAUUAUUAAUCUUAUAAUCGCGAAUAGGAAGCCCUCGGAAUCACACUUCAAGAUCCUACGUCGGCAGUUGUCACUACCAUGCCGGAUUCAAGCUCCAUCCCAACCCCAGAAGUUCAGAUACCCAGCCCUGUUUUCAUUUACAAUGACUAUUCCAACGCCCACCUUGUUGAGCCGCAUUUCUGCUCCUUCUCAUACGGCCAAGAUGGCAGCGCCGGGGGAGGUUGCAGGGUACAACAAGCACUCGAACCACUAGUGCCGGGGAGACCCGGGCCUGUGGUUGCUGGGAAGGUUCCAGUAGGAUAGACGUUUUGUCUGACAUGCACCCCAGAGUGCUCUGAUAUUGUGUACGUGGGGUUUUCGGGCCGCCAGGCCAUUUACCUUUGUUUCUGCAUGUGUGCGGUAUCUGUGAUUGUUGACAUUUUCUCGACAAUAGGUUAAGUAAACUGUUGUCCUCUAUGACCAGUCGUGGGUGGGGGGCGGGGCCCUAACAGGAUUGUUAUUUCCUAUCUUACGGGGUUACGAUAGUACUUUAGCGAAAUGAUAUACUAUGGAAAACAAUUGGGCUAG